CCCAUGCUUCUAUCAUUCAGAAGUAAAUUGUUUUGUUGUCUUAAAUCAUUCAUCUUUUGUUGUUUGUUUGUGUUUGAUAUCAUCAUCAUCUGAAAAUGUCUUGCUGUGGUGGAAACUGUGGCUGUGGAAGUGCCUGCAAAUGCGGCAAUGGCUGUGGAGGCUGCAAGAUGUACCCUGACUUGAGCUACACAGAAUCAACCACCUCUGAGACCCUUGUGAUGGGAGUUGCAUCUGCCAAGCCUCAAUUUGAAGGUGCUGCUGAAAUGGGUGCUGAGAAUGAUGGCUGCAAGUGUGGUCCAAACUGCAACUGCAACCCAUGCACUUGCAAAUGAAGAGUUUGAAGCAGAAAUGGGUCUUACCCCUUAGUGAUGAUAAUAACUUAAUGAUAAUAACUAGUUUAAGAUUAUGUAUGUUUUAUGUGAACUCUAGUGUUUGGUUUAAAUCCAAACACUAUUUUAGAGUGUAAUAUAAUAAAGUUUCUGUGUGUUUUGUUUAAACCCUUUGAGCAGUUUUCACUUUUUUUGGA